UAAUAAUGUUGUUGUAUGUUUAUAAUACUUGAAAAUUUACUUGUAUUUGAUUCAACCAAUACAAUAUCAAGUGGUCUUCUUUCGAUAUGUAAUAAUUCAAUUUUACUUGAAACUACUUUCUACUUCGAAGUCUGAUACACCUUAGAUGUGACGAGUCAAAAUGAUAAACACUUUCUGAAAAAUAGAAAUUUUAUGUCGAUUUUACUUCAAAGUUACUGGAUAACAGUACAUGUGUUGGUAAUGGAAUACAAUGGAAAUAACGGAUGAAUAUGUAGAUCAACUUAGAACUGUAUUUAACGUAUGUGAUGUGGAGAAAAAAGGCUUUAUUUCAGUUGACCAUUUUGUGAAUUUGGCCAGUGAACAUUUUGGUGAUUCUGAAGGAAAUCAGGAGAUCAAGUCGAUUGUGACAUUACUAGAUCAGGACAAAAGUGGACGAAUUAGUUUUGAAGAAUUCUGCUCAGGAAUUAAACAUUUGGCAGAAAAGAGAGAGCAUUCUACCUUAAGUCCUCGUAAUCCUGAGGGAAGUAUAGGGAGCAAUGAUACGCUUAUUCCAGAGGAGGAUACUCUCAGCUCUACUAACGAGACCCCUUCAGAGGUGAGCACAUACAAUGAAUAUGAUACAAUGACAGAUGAAGAAGCUUCAACAUUAACAAGUUUUGUACACGAUAAUCUCAAGCCUCAACAGAAUUCUGAGGACGACGGAGACAGCGCAAUAAGCUCCAAAUCUGCAGAGAAUAGCAAAUACCAAAACACUGAAGAUACUGCUAGUGAAAAUGAAGAACAAUUUGAAGACUUUGGUGAAGCCAACAUUGACUCUGAUAGCCAAUCAGGACCAAGUACUAAUGGCCAUUCCAAGAAGAUCUCAUCAAGUGCUCUGGCCAACCAACUCUAUAGGUCAGGAGGAGCAUCAGGUCAUAGUCGCAAGCCCAGUAGCGGCUCAGACGAAAUAUUUGAAAAUAUUGAUGAUAACUUCUAUCAACUUAAUGAUAAGUUUAAACGCCUUGAAAACCAGGUUGUUAGUUUGACAGAAAAUCAACAAAAGAAUGAAUCCAAGACAUCUAAGUUAAAAGAUGACAACCAAUUCCUUGUAGAGCGGGUCCAUAUGCUAGAAGAACAGCUCACCCAUGUUGAGCUAAAGUCACAAGAUAGAUUAGAAGAAGAACAAAAACGUAACAGAGAUAUCAUGGCUCGACAAGAUAGAGAAAAAGAUCAGGAAAUAGAAGCUUUAACUUUAAGUUUAAAACAUAUAGAGUCAGAAUAUUCCAAUUUAAAAGAGGAGGCACCUAGGUUAAAGUCUGAUGUAGAUAGAUUAAAAAGGGAGAAAGGUCUACUACAAGACAAACUCAUAGAGAGCAGACAGAUGCUCUCAACCCUAGCAGGUGAACAUAAGAAACUACAGGACAGAUGUAGGAAAGAGUCAACACAUAGUGUGCAGGAGAGAACAGUCAAUGGCCAGUUAUUAGAUGAGCUUAGUCGAGAACUUGAAGAUUUACGUAAAUACAAGUUAAACAAUGAGCAAAGAGCACACAGAGGGUCCAGUGUAGAAUCAACAGGGAGAGCGGGGGAGCUGGAGACUGAAAUACAGCGACUUCAUGCGGAGAACAAAAUGCUUAAGGACCAAAACGAGGACCUGAAUGCCCACCUGCUGGCCAAUAGUGUGGUACAGGGUAGGGCACUACUGUCUGAGGAGGCGGGCAUGUCUCUUGCAGCAGAGAUUGAUGACCUCUCUAAAGAUGAGAUGGCCGAGGCGCUGAAAGAACAGAAAGAAGUCAAUCAGAAACUACGACAAUAUGUCGACAGGAUUCUUGAGACAAUUAUCGAACGAAACCCCUCCUUAUUAGAAAUCACAGUUCGAAAUGCAAAUCGGAUUUCCCAUGUUAUAAAAAUUUCAGGAAUGAAUUGGUACUGUGGCUGUUAG